AGAAAAAUACGGAGGACAUAGGUUGCUCCUACUGAGUAAAAGUAUUAAUCUCUUAUUUUUUACCCCUUCUAAAAUUCCUUCUGUUUAUGAAGAGCUGAUAGGUGUGGUUUCUCUGGUACCUGCUUUGAAUGCUUUGAUUCCAUCAGGUUGUUACAUAUGCACAUACCUCUCAGGGGAUUUAUUUGGCAGUUAUGUACUGAAGAAGAGACUUGAUUCCUUUUUUAUUGUUUAUACACGCACAGAUAUCAUUCCUGUUGGACUAAUUUUGGGGAGCAAAGGUUAAUAGCCACUAGAAUAAAUUUAUUAGCUAUGGAUGUAUUCAUGAAAGGGCUUUCUAAAGCUAAAGAGGGUGUUGUGGCAGCUGCAGAAAAAACCAAACAGGGAGUGGCAGAAGCAGCAGGAAAGACAAAAGAGGGUGUUCUCUACGUAGGUUCAAAAACAAAGGAAGGUGUUGUACAUGGAGUAACAACAGUUGCUGAAAAGACCAAAGAGCAGGUGUCUAAUGUUGGUGGAGCAGUAGUCACAGGAGUAACUGCAGUUGCACAAAAGACAGUUGAAGGAGCCGGAAAUAUUGCUGCAGCAACAGGACUGGUAAAGAAGGAUCAAAAGAAUGAAAGCGGCUUCGGCCAGGAAGGGACAGUGGAAAAUUCAGAAAAUAUGCCGGUAAAUCCAGAUGAAACAUAUGAAAUGCCGCCUGAGGAGGAGUAUCAAGAUUAUGAUCCUGAAGCAUGAAAAAUCGGCGCAAAUUACAUCCUAUAGAAGAAUCUAUUUCAUAUGAAAAUGUGUUCUAAUGUACCCAUUUGUCAUUUUUUGUAUAUUUUCUCAGUAGUUUAUGAAGUCUUCCAUCCACAAUGAUAAAAACAUCACAGGGUUAAUUAUCAGACCCAAUGACUCCAGCCUACUAUAAUAGGCAGAAUUAGAAGGGGAUUUUUUUUGUGUUGUGGAUGUGACUUCAAUUUUAAAACAAAAUUGAUAUAAAAGAAAGAAGAAAAAAACCCACCUAAGUGUCUACUAAUGUCUUACUUCCUAUUUGUAUGAUUGACUGUUUUUCAGUGGUUUGGUAUUGUUUAUAAUAAUUUUGUAUGUUUCUUAUGUCCUCUACUGUUACAUGUAACAUAUUGUGAUACAAGUUUCUAGCUAUACAGUAUUUCUGACAGUAAGCAUGAUCUAUGCACCAAACAAUUUUACAUUUCUAUCAUGCAUCCUAUUGAUUUUGUGUUUAUAAUGAAAUGUGUUGCUAUUUAAAGGAAUAAAAAAUUGAGUGAAUAAAGAUUAACAUUUAUGUUAAAUGCAA